AUGACGAAAAUGUUUGAACCGCAACUGGGUAGAAGUAUUGAAGUUUAUAUCGAUGAUAUGGUUGUGAAAAGUAAAGUGGUGUCCAAACAUGUGGAAGAUCUCACGAGUAUCUUUGGGAUACUGAGAACACAUAAGUUACGCUUGAAUGCUUCAAAGUGCUCCUUUGGUGUAGGUUCCGGGAAGUUCUUGGGGUACAUGGUGACCCAUAGAGGAAUUGAGGUGAACUCAGACCAGAUUAAGGCCAUUAACGAUUUGGAAGCACCUCGAAAUCCAAAAGAGGUGCAGAAACUGACUGGGAUGAUUACUGCGUUGAACCGGUUCAUCUCCAGGUCGGCUGAGAGGUGUCGUCCUUUUUUCUGUCUAUUGCAUAAAUGGCGAGGAUUUGAAUGGACCGAGGAGUGUGCUGUAGCGUUCCAGCAAUUGAAAAAAUACCUGUCCAGGCCAUCUAUCAUGUCUAGCCCUGAGGUGGAUGAGGUGUUGUUUGCUUAUCUAGCGGUUGCCCCUCAUGCAGUUAGUUUCGUCUUGAUACGAGAAGACAAUGGCGUCCAAAGGCCAGUUUAUUAUGCAUAUACCGUGGUUAUCUUGACCCAACUGCCUCUUAAGUCCAUACUCAGAAGUGCUGACUACACCGGAAGAAUUGCUAAGUGGGGCACGAUUCUGGGUGCCUUCGAUAUCAAGUACAUGCCUCGCACCUCUGUGAAAGGUCAAGUCCUUACCGAUCUGGUGGUUGAGUUCGCCGAAUGCCCAGAAGAAGUCAAUGUGAAUCAAGGUCACACGGAUGAAAAAUCGGUUGGCCUAAUAUCCACACAAGGUGGGUCCUUUUGGAGGGUGUACGUGGAUGGGGCCGCAAACCAACGGGGAGCAGGAUUGGGAUUGGUGUUGAUAUCCCUCGAGGAGGUCAUCAUCGAGAAGUCGUUAAGAUUAGGGUUCUCGGCUACUAAUAACGAAUCAGAAUACGAAGCUUUGAUAAUGGGAAUGAGUAUGGUCCGAAAAAUGGGUGGAAAGGUAGUGAAAUUAUUCUUAGACUCGAGAUUGGUAGUCGGCCAGGUGAGAGGAGAGCUGGAGGCCCGGGACCCAAGGAUGCAAGGGUAUCUAGACCGGGUUAGGCGUAUGCAAACGAAGUUUGAUUCCUUCGACUUAUUGCAUAUUCCUCGAGGUGAAAAUGCACACGCUGAUUCCUUAGCAACCCUUGCCACCUCCUCAGUAUGA